UCUCUCUCCACACAUUUCAGAGAGAAGAAGCUCUCACGCAUCACUCUCUCUUAUUAUCUCUCUCUACAGUAGCGAAUGAAUGAAUAAGUGGGUGCUCUCUCUUUUCUCCACUGCAAAAGCAAGCUCUCAAAGUUGUGAUCUUUAACACUAUAAGAAAUCGUCUUACUGCUAAUGGAAUUGGAGAUGAUAACAAUUGGCAUUACUAAUGGAGGGGGCCAAUUAUUGAAGCUUAGGGAUGAGUAAUGGGUCUGUGGUACAAUCUAAUCUGUUUAACAAGUCUUCUUUCUUUCGAUGGCCUCAAAACCUGGUAUGAGAGUUUCCCCAGAGAAGCAAAGGAAACCCCUUGGUAGUCAAACAUCAGAACGUGAUUUUCGCAAGCCUUCAACUUUGGCAAACAACUCUGAGCUGGUUAAUCUGAGAAAGUUACCCAAGUGUGGCCAGCAGGCUGCUUUAGAACAGGUUUCUGUUGCAACCAAGGAUGAUAAAUCUCUGAAUUCUUAUAAAACGGGUUCUGUUGAUUCUUUAGGUGAUAAGUUGGAUUCUGGUUUAUCCUUGGGUGAUCCAAAGCAAGUGCCAACUUAUGUUGGCCCUGAAGUGAGUGAGACAAAGGGCUCAUUGGAAGGUGGUGUUAAACAAGAAAAGAAAACAUCAGAGCAUGGAGUUGGCACAGUUUCUGCUAAAGUCAGUGAUGGGACAGGUAGUCUUGCUAAGACAAGUGGAAGUGCCAAGACUAGUGAUCGAGCUGAUUUUGUUGAGAGUGGGAAGAGCAGCAUUUGUAGAGGUAGCACAAGCAGUGAUGUGAGUGAUGAAAGUACUUGUAGUAGCUUAAGUAGCAGUGUCAAUAAACCUCACAAAGCUAAUGAUGUAAGAUGGGAAGCGAUACAAGCUGUCCGAUCAAAAGACGGCGUUUUGGGUGUGGGCCAUUUUAAACUGCUGAAGAAGUUGGGCUGUGGAGAUAUCGGAAGCGUCUAUCUCUCUGAAUUAAGUGGAACAAAGUGCCAUUUUGCAAUGAAAGUGAUGGACAAAACAUCUCUCGCAAAACGUAAGAAACUACUCCGAGCUCAAACAGAGAGAGAAAUACUACAAUCUCUGGACCACCCCUUCCUUCCAUCGUUAUAUACCCAUUUUGAGACUGACAAGUUCUCAUGUUUGGUGAUGGAGUUCUGUCCCGGAGGUGACCUGCACACGCUUCGGCAAAGACAACCUGGGAAACAUUUUUCUGAGCAGGCAGUAAAGUUCUAUAUAGCGGAGGUUCUCCUUGCUCUGGAAUACCUCCACAUGCUAGGGAUUGUUUAUCGGGACCUUAAGCCAGAAAAUGUUCUUGUGAGGGAAGAUGGACAUAUAAUGCUGUCUGACUUUGAUCUUUCCCUUCGUUGUGCUGUUAGCCCCACAGUAGUCAAGUCAUCAACCCUUGGAUCUGAACCCCUGAAAAAGAACCCAGUUUACUGUGUUCAACCUGCCUGCAUUGAGCCCUCAUGUAUCCAGCCAUCAUGUAUUGCCCCUACAACUUGUUUUUCUCCUCGAUUCUUUUCGAAAUCCAAGAAAGUUCAGAAGCCGAAGAAUGAAACCGGGAACCAAGUUACUCCACUGCCAGAACUUAUUGCGGAGCCAACCAAUGCUCGCUCCAUGUCGUUUGUCGGAACUCAUGAGUACUUGGCUCCUGAAAUUAUCAAAGGUGAAGGGCAUGGCAGUGCUGUUGAUUGGUGGACUUUUGGGAUCUUUCUGUAUGAGCUAUUAUUUGGUAAAACUCCCUUUAAGGGCUCUGAAAACAGGGCUACCCUGUUUAAUGUUGUGGGUCAACCAUUGCGAUUCCCUGAGGCACCGGUUGUAAGUUUUUCAGCUAAGGAUUUGAUAAGGGGCUUGCUGGUGAAAGAGCCACUGCAUCGGUUGGCAUAUAAGCGAGGAGCAACAGAGAUCAAACAACAUCCCUUCUUUCAAGGGGUAAAUUGGGCUUUGAUUCGUUGCGCAAGCCCCCCUGAGAUCCCAAGGCCGGUUGAAAUCGAGAAGAUUCAAGCCCCAGCAUUACCAACGACUGAUAAAGCUACCAAAGCCACCACUGCCACUGCAAUCUCUGAUCAGAAUAAGUAUUUAGAAUUUGAUUUCUUUUAAUUUGCUCUUUGUUUUUUCACUCGAGGGAAAAUGUAGAGUUCCAAAAUGUUGAUGGUGUGAAAAUUAGAAUUCUUAUGCUGUAAUGAUCAAAUAUAUGAUGUUGUAAACAUUUCCAAAUUUGAAUGUUAAUGAUCUCAAUGUUUCAAGCUCA